GUUAUUCAAAUCUAGAAAGAUCAUUUGAUUAUGAUAUUAUCUAAAUCUCCAUGGUAUAUGUAUAGAAUUAAUAAAACAAUGUUUAAAGAUUCUAUAUUGUUUGUCUAGUAUAUCCACAAGUUCAUAUUUUCCCUGAUGCAAAAAUAAUAUUAACCCAAGAGAUGAAGAAUUCAUGCAUUGUAUGUCCUUCUUUCAUCCAAGUCUCAACGAUGCCUCUCAAUGACUAUAUUCCUGUUCUUUUCCUAUAUACUUUUCUCCUUUUCUCUCAGGCAUGUGCAGAUUCAAGGGGAAGUCUCUUUCUCCCCACACCCUGACCUUGAAACUCAUUCUAAACUUGUUGCUCUCAUGUGAUCACACUAAUUUUUCUGCUGGUUACAGUGGGGUGCUGCUAUUUCUGAAAGGGAUGAGAUUUGCUGAAGGGGAAACCAAAAUCAGCCCAGAAACAGUUCGCAAUUUGCAGUUGAAGUGGGAGUUUUAUGCAGGGAGAGAUAUAACUGCAACACCAGCAAUCGUUGAUGGAACCCUCUAUUUCCCUAGCUGGAAUGGAUAUGUCUAUGCUGUUAAUGCUUUGGAUGGGUCUCUUAUUUGGAACCUGGACUUGAAAGAGCUUGGUCUUAAUGCUAGUGGAUUUGUUUCCAAUGUUAACACAAUGGUUGCAACAGCGACCCCAACAAUAGCAGAUGAUUUGGUUAUCAUUGGAAUCUGUGGACCUGCUCUUGUUAUUGCUGUUGAAAGAUCAAGUGGAAAGCUUGUCUGGUCAACCAAGCUUGAUAGCCAUGCUCUAGUUGUUAUCAUGAUGUCUGGGACUUAUCACAAGGGAUAUUUCUAUGUGGGUACCUCUUCAUUAGAGGAAGAACUAAGCAUUGAACAAUGCUGUACAUUCCGGGGAAGCUUUGUGAAAUUAGAUGCCCGGUCUGAACCAACUCAUCCAGAUGAGUGUAUCGAGCCUGAUAUCCACUCAGAGUCAAUCCUAGCCCUUGAUCUGGAUACUGGAAAAAUCAAAUGGUACCUUCAGAUAGGGGGUUAUGAUGUGUGGUUCUGUGCUUGUCGUAAUCUUUCUACCCUAGGCUGUCUUCCUGGACCUAGCCUUGAUGCCGACUUUGGAGAAGCACCAAUGAUGCUGAAUGUAUUUGUCAAUGGAACUAAGUUGAACAUUGUAGUUGCUGUUCAGAAAAGCGGAUUUGCUUGGGCCUUAGAUCGUGAUAACGGUACCCUUAUAUGGUCUACUGUAAGCAAACUUGACCUGAACUUCACCAAACAUCCGUCUUUCAAUCUAGAUAACUCUUAUAUGUACUUUUAGAUUGACCAUUUCUUAACAGAAUCUGAGAAAAUGAAUUUUUUGAGCUCAG